AUGCGCAAAAACGGCUGCGCAGAAACGGCUGCGCAGAAACGGCUGCGCAGAAACGGCUGCGCAGAAACGGCUGCGCAGAAACGGCUGCGCAGAAACGGCUGCGCAGAAACGGCUGCGCAGAAACGGCUGCGCAGAAACGGCUGCGCAGAAACGGCUGCGCAGAAACGGCUGCGCAGAAACGGCUGCGCAGAAACGGCUGCGCAGAAACGGCUGCGCAGAAACGGCUGCGCAGAAACAGCUGCGCAGAAACAGCUGCGCAGAAACAGCUGCGCAGAAGCAGCUGCGCAGAAGCAGCUGCGCAGAAACAGCUGCGCAGAAGCAGCUGCGCAGAAACAGCUGCGCAGAAACAGCUGCGCAGAAACAGCUGCGCAGAAACAGUGCGCAGAAACAGCUGCGCAGAAACAGCUGCGCAGAAACAGCUGCGCAGAUACAGCUGCGCAGAUACAGCUGCGCAGAUACAGCUGCGCAGAAACAGCUGCGCAGAAACAGCUGCGCAGAUACAGCUGCGCAGAUACAGCUGCGCAGAAACAGCUGCGCAGAAACAGCUGCGCAGAAACAGCUGCGCAGAAACAGCUGCGCAGAAACAGCUGCGCAGGAACAGCUGCACAGAAACAGCUGCGCAGAAACAGCUGCGCAGAAACAGCUGCGCAGGAACAGCUGCGCAGGAACAGCUGCGCAGAAACAGCUGCGCAGGAACAGCUGCGCAGGAACAGCUACGCAGGAACAGCUGCACAGGAACAGCUGCGCAGGAACAGCUGCACAGGAACAGCUGCGCAGGAACAGCUGCGCAGGAACAGCUGCGCAGGAACAGCUGCGCAGGAACAGCUGCGCAGAAACAGCUGCGCAGAAACAGCUGCGCAGAAACAGCGGCGCAGAAACAGCGGCGCAGAAACACUCUAUAGCCUCCGGUUACAGGAGCGUACCUCCAUGUUCAAUGUUUUUUGGGCAGUUGAACAUGUAAAGUUGAAUCCCGUACGCGCGUGGUAG